CAAGAUGGCGGCUCGGCGGACCGCCGGCUCCUGUUGGUGACUGACAGAAGAAGAAGAAGAAGAAGAAGAAGCUUCUCUCUCCUCCCCGGGUUCGGACACUUCCCGGUCCCAGGAGCAGAACCAGCCGGUUAGAACCGGACCAGGUGAUAACUCUGACCCGGCUCCUCCGCCUCUCGGCCCCGGGACUGUGAUGAGCCAGCCCCGGUAGACCACACCGGCCGAGCGGACUUGUGAGGACCGAUCUGACGCUCGGGAACUGGGGGCAGUUGGCGGGGAUGGGAGAUGAUGGAGGACAAAGGCCCUCGUGUAGCCGACUACUUCGUGGUGGCCGGUCUGACGGACUCGUCCAAGCCGUUGGACCAGGAGAUCCACUUUGACGAUGUCUGCCACAAGACGGCCAAGCCCAAAGCGCCCGUCACCGACGUGGCGCUGGUCAUCCGCUCCAUGGGCGAGGAGGUGCCGGCGGGGUUCACCUGCAUCGAGACCACGCCCGGCGGCCAUUCAGCCGACCUGAACAACGGCGGCCUCAUGGCGCCACAGAUCUUCAUCUGCUACAGGCGAGGUCGUGACAAGCCGCCGCUCACUGACCUGGGGGUGCUGUUUGAGUGGAAGGAGCGCCUGAAGCAGGGCUGCCACCUCAUCCAGACCACGCCCACCGGUCGCCCGGCCAACAUCAGCGGCAACUCCUCUCAGCGCAUCUACGUCACGUACCGCCGGGCGCCCGAGAGCCAGCCGCACGCCGCCCUGGCCGUCACAGACAUCUGCAUCAUCGUCCCCAGCAAGGGGGAGUCGCCGCCGCACACCUUCUGUAAGGUGGAGAAGAAUCUCAACAGCAGCAUGUGGGGCUCGUCUGUUUACCUGUGUUACAAGAAGUCUGUGGCCAAAACCAACAUGAUUGCCUACAAAGCAGGUUUAUUCAGCAGAUAUCCAGAGGAGGACUAUGAGUCAUUCCCGCUGCCGGAGUCGGUCCCUCUCUUCUGCCUUCCCAUGGGCGCCACCAUCGAGUGCUGGCCGGCGAACACCAAAUACUCCCUCCCGGUUUUCUCCACCUUCGUCCUCACCGGAUCCUCUGGAGAGAAGGUGUACGGUGCGGCCAUCCAGUUCUACGAGCCCUUCCCACAGGAGUGCCUGACCGACCAGCAGCUCUCCCAGCUCGGCCUCCUGAGCCUGGACCCCCCCGAGCCCUCCUCCGCCCCCCCGAACCCCAGCGGCAACACCCCCGACCCCCGCCUGGUCCACACCAACAAGUGCAUCUGUCUUCUCUCUCACUGGCCCUUCUUUGACGCCUUUCGCAAGUUCCUCACAUUCCUGUAUCGCUACUCCAUCUCCGGCCCUCAUGCCCUGCCCAUCGAGAAGCACAUCUCACAUUUCAUGCACAAAGUUCCCUUCCCCUCGUCUCAGAGGCCUCGCAUCCUGGUGCAGCUUUCCCCUCACGACAGCCUGAUGCUGAGCCAGCCGGUGUCUUCUCCUUUACCGCUCAGCGGUGGCAGAUUUUCCACGCUGCUCCAAAACCUCGGAGCCGAGAACGCCAUCACGCUGCUGGUGUUCGCCGUCACCGAACACAAGAUCCUGGUGCACUCGCUGCGACCGGCCGUGCUGACCAGUGUCACCGAAGCACUGGUGUCUAUGAUCUUCCCGUUCCACUGGCCCUGUCCCUAUAUUCCUCUGUGUCCCCUGGCGCUGGCCGACGUGCUGAGCGCCCCCUGUCCUUUCAUCGUGGGAGUGGACUCUCGCUACUUCGAUCUCUACGACCCCCCGCCCGAUGUGAGCUGCGUGGACCUGGACACAAACACCAUCUUCCACAAUGAAGAUAAGCGAGCGCUCACAUGGAAGAUCCUGCCAAAGAAAGCCUGUAAAAACCUGAUGAAUGUGCUGAGCAAUCUCUACCAGCAGCUGCUCGACGGUCAGCAGCGACCCGACGGGCUGCUGGAGCUGAGCAUGAGCGACUCCUCGGAGCUGAGCUGUGGGAAGAGCCUUCACACGCUGGAGCUGGAGAUCCAGGAAGCCUUCCUGCGCUUCAUGGCGGCCAUUUUGAAGGGCUACCGGUCCUUCCUGCGACCCAUCACCCAGGCGCCGUCCGAGAAAGCCACAGACGCCAGCUCGCUCUUUGACCUACAAGGCUUCUUGAAAAGCCGCGACCGCUCUCACCAGAAGUUCUACUCGCUGAUGACCAAGACCCAGAUGUUCAUCCGCUUCAUCGAGGAGUGUUCCUUCGUCAGCGACAAAGACGCCAGCCUGGCGUUCUUCGACGACUGCGUGGACAAGCUGUACAACUCAGAGCGGAGUGCAGACAAAGGAGGGAAGGGGGACGGCGAGAAGCCGGAGGAGUCCAGGCUGAUGGAGUUUGAUGAAUCCCAGCGCAGUGAGCACACGGUGUUCAUCACACCUCCAGAGCUGCCCCCCCUGCCCGAGGGGGAGGAGCACCCGCUCUGCUACAGGUACGAUGGUUUCCCAGUGUUGAGUCUUGACCUGUUUGACCCCAUGGAGGGCCUGCGGACCCCCGCCUCCCGCCUCGCUGCCAGACAGAGCUGCCCCACCAGCCCCGCCCCCAUGUUCAGACGCACCAAGCAGGAGAUCAAAUUGUCCCAGAAGAUCGCCAAGAAAUACUCCUCCAUUCCCCAGCAGUGGUCCAAGUGUCUGCUCCGUCACUGCUACGGUUUGUGGUUCAUCUGCCUGCCGGCGUACGUGAAGGUGUGUCACUCCAAGGUCAGGGCCCUGCGCACGGCCUACGACGUGCUCAGGAAGAUGCAGGCCAAGAAGCUGCAGCCGCCCGACGAGGUGUGUUACCGGGUGCUGAUGCAGCUCUGUGGACAGUACGGUCAGCCGGUGCUGGCAGUCAGGGUCCUGUUUGAGAUGAAGAAGGCUGGAAUCCAUCCCAACGCCAUCACGUACGGAUACUACAACAAGGCCGUGUUGGAGAGCACGUGGCCGUCCAGCACCAGAGGAGGUUACUUCCUGUGGAUGAAGCUGAGAAACGUCGUUCUGGGCGUGGCUCAGUUCAAGCAGGCUCUACGCCGGCAGGGCCCGGUGACCCCGAGCCCUCUGUCAGAUGGCAGCGACCUGGACGCUGUGAGUCACGGCAGCUUGGAGAGCUCUGCCGACUCUCACCCGGCCGAGCAGGUUCCCUACGCCGCCGGCGCCGUGAAAGUAGACCCCACUGACGAUAGAUCUAGCACAGGAGAUCAGUCGGACCUGGGUUAUAACUCGCUGUCCAAAGAGGAGGUCCGGAGAGGAGACCCCAGCUCCCAGGACGCGGCCCCCGACAAGGAGGAGAAGAAGGAGAGCGACUGCAGCUCCCUAUCGGAGACGGAGAGCGCCAAAGGAAGUAAAGACUGCCUCCCUCAGCUGGAGGUGGAGGUCGCCUCCUCCUUCAGACCUCGGGCCAUCGUCCGCAGCAGCUGUGCCUUCGACGACUCGUCCUGUAAACCCAAGAGCUCCGUGAGCACAGGACACGUGGCCGGGCUCCUCUUCACCUCGUCCCUGGAUGAGAUCUGCGAGGUCCAGACCAACAGUUUGCUCAGGAGACACCGCAGCGCUCUGGAGGACGUGGUCGGCAGCGCCGGCAGCGGCUCCGCCCUCGAGUGGCCGGGGGUCAGAGGUCGGCGUCUGAGCGGAGACACGGUGGGCAGCAGCGGCAGCGGCACCCCCGUCCUCAGCCUGGCGAUGAGCCAAGGUGAGACGGACCCGGAGAAGAUCGCGGGUCACCUGGGCGCCGACGCCAGGAUUCUCUCCGCGGUCAACUUCACUAAGAGCAGGAGGCCUCGCUCGCUGGCGUUCGGCGAAUCAGAGGGCGGCGCCGGGCGACUGGAUCACAGGGGGGAGGAGGAGGAGGAGGAGCUGGAGGGACAGGACUCCAGUGAUGAGGACAGAGGGAACACGGAGGCCAUCUUUGAUCUGGAGGAUCUGGAUCUGGACAAGCCUGCGCCCGGGCGUGGCGUCCCCGCUCGUCAGAGACACAAGACGCCGGUGGGACGCAGCGUGAGCUCCGGCGCCCUGAGCCCCGGGGCGUCCAGAGGAGGCGUGAAGCGCACGGGCAUCGAGACGGGCGACGACCCCCUGUCGCUGCUCGCUGCUGAGUCACAGCCCGAGCCGCCGGGGGGGGGGCGGUACCCGGACGGCGAGGAGGGGAGCACGCCGAGCGCCGGCCGGCACCUGGCCCGGGAGAUCGAGCUCUACAUGAACCACAUGGGCAGCCCGCUGACCAGCCGCACGCCCAGCCUGGACCUGCAGGACCCGGCCAGCCCCCCCCUCCUCCACCCCCCCGCCGCCAUGUCCGGCCCCCGGAGAGCCAGCCUCCCUCACAGCUCCUCCCACAGCUCCUCCCACAGGACGGCCGGAGUCCCACGCUCCUGCACGUUCCACCCGCCCUCGCCCUCCCACCCCAUCGCACGCCAGCGCCUGUGGUCGUCGCCCCCCCGGCGCAGCUCCAGCACCACCCCCAGCCCCAGCCCUCGCCCCUCCCCCUACAGAGAGAGGGCGGACAGGAUGAGCCUGGCCACGCCCUCGCCGUCCUCCUCGUCCUUCGCUCUGGACACGCUGCUCACGCCGACGCUGGACGUCUUCAAAACCAGCGUGGUCUCCGCUGGGAAGGGCGUGGCCGAGAAGGCGAGCCGCUGGUACUCGCGUCUGGCGACUUACACCACGCCCACCAAGGACGGUUACAUCGACCGGCUGAGCGUCGGCGACCCGGACGGCUCGUCUCUGCUGGACGAGGAGGACGGCCGGGGGUCGGAGAGCUCGGUGGUCUCUCCCCAGAGGAACGGCCCCGGUGGUCCCUCGGCCCCCCGACGCAGCCCCCGGCGCAGCCGCCUGGACGGCCCCCCCGCCGGGUCCCGCCCCAUGAGACCCACGUCCCUGCUGCCCGGAUGCGUCCUCUCCCCCCCCGGCUUCUCUCUGCCGGACAAGUCGGACGCCGGCUCCUCCCACUACACCAGCAACACCAGCAUCUUCAACAACUACGCCAUGGAGCUGCUGAUCUCCAGCUGCUCUCGCUGUAAGACCUGUGACUCUCUGGUGUACGACGAGGAGAUCAUGGCCGGCUGGACGGCGGACGACUCCAACCUGAACACCACCUGCCCCUUCUGUGGAAACCCCUUCCUGCCUUUCCUCAAUGUGGAGAUCAGGGACCUGAGGGGACCCGGCAGACUUUUCCUGAAGGGCAGUCCGUCGGUGGACGAGGCGAUGACGUCAUCGUACUCCGCCUCCACGGGUUUCGACACAGGGACGUCCACCUUGUCCACGCCAUGUCCUGCCACAGCUGUGUCCCCUCCCUCCCCCGUGGCGGCUGUCCAGGAGUCCUCGGGCGACGGAAGGAGCAGAGCAACUAGGGCUCAAGGGAUAAACAUCCCCUCAGGAUGCCGGGGGGGCAUGGCGUCCCCCGGAGCGCCCAUGGCCCGGAGCGUCAGCACCUUCAAUCCUCUGGAGGAAGCUUCCCGACCCGGCCGCGGCGUGCCGACCUCCGGCAGCCUGCCCAGCCGCCUCAACGAGACAUCGGAUCCACUGAACAUGGAGUGGCGGCUCCACAACCCGGAGCCGGUGACGGUUCCCUACCUGAGCCCGCUGGUGCUGUGGAAGGAGCUGGAGAGUCUCCUGGAGAACGAGGGCGACCCGGCCAUCACCGAGGCCGACGUGGUGGACCAGCAUCCCAUCAUCUACUGGAACCUGGUGUGGUACUUCAGACGCCUGGACCUGCCCAGCAACCUGCCCGGACUCAUCCUCACGUCCGAGCACUGCAACCGAGACUCUCAGGUUCCUCGUCACUGGAUGUCCGAGGACAGUAAACACGUGUUGAUCCAGAUCCUGUGGGACAACCUGAAGCUGCACCAGGAUCCUGUCCAGCCGCUCUACAUCGUCUGGAACACCUUCAAUGUGGGCUACCCUCUGUCCCGGCCGGUCCCGGAGGAGGAGAAGCCGUUCAGCGAGGAGCUGCUGCAGAGCGUGGUGAAGAGCAUCCAGAGGAACGACCUCAGCCGGCCGGUGGCUCAGCUGCUGCAGCUGCUGCACCAGACGCUCGGGGUCAAGAGGCAAAGGAGCUUGUACAGAGACGUCCUCUUCCUGUCCCUCGUGGCUCUGGGCAAAGACAACAUCGACAUCGACGCCUUCGACCGGGAGUACAAGCUGGCGUACGACCGCCUGGCGCCGAGCCUGGUGAAGCUGACCCACAACUGUGACCGUCCCCCCAGCACGGGGGUCAUGGAGUGUCGCCGGACGUUCGGCGAGCCUUACCUGUGAACCCCCCCCCCCCCCUCCUGUCCGUCCAUCCGUCCAUCCGUCCGUCACACGCCCGGACGAACUCUCAUCGUCCAACGCUUCGAGACGAGCUCAGGAACUUGUUGGGAGACUGUGAAUGUGAACUCAGAGAUCGGAUCCAGUGGACUGAGGUCACAUGAUGUAGCCCGAAACCCGACGAGUCACUUCUACACACGACGUCUCGUUUCCGUGACGACGGGAAACCCACGCACAGCGUUCGGAAACAUCCGUCGUUCACCUGGUUUCUUCUCUGGUAAAUCCUGUGAAAACGAUGUAAGAACGGCAGCAGAGGAUUUCUUCUUUUUUUUUUUAAAUGCAGCAUUUAUAUUGUAUAGUCGCAGUAUAUGAAGACAAUUAGCAAUAUUUUAAUUUGAAGUCUAUUUAUACAGAGUCAGCUUUAUUUAUUCUAGCGUUUUCUCGUGUCCUGUUUGUUUUCUCCGCCGCUCGUUUCCAACAACACGCGGAGAAGAAGCUGACGUAAGAAUUCAUGUCUGUUGUAAAUAAUUAACCACGUUUCCGAGGAGCAUGAAAACAAAGAUUUACGUUGGAGCUGCAGUGAUAACGAA